AUGGACCAGCUGAUCAAAAAGAUCGAAGUUCUCUUAUCUCAGCUCAAGCCCAUUCUUCCAGACGACCAAAUUCAAACAAUUUUCUCUCGGAUUCUCUCGGAAUUAUCUUUGUUUUUCGUUUCUCGGUUCGAAACUGUGGAUCCACAAAGCAUUUCGCUUGCAGGGCGAGAGAGAAUUAUUGGCGAUAUUGGAUGUCUUUUGAGCGUAUUUCGGGGAAUACCGGGAAUUGUGGAGCGUGGAUUAACCCUUGAAAAUGCAUUUCGCGAUCGCUAUGCGAUAAAGCAAAAAGAAGAGGAAGAAGAAGAGGGAAAGUCGUAUAAUGUUUAUGGACUGCAAACUCUUAAGGGAGGCGAGUUUCUCCUGGAUGGCUACAUUACUCUUGGUGAGCAAAAGGAGAUCACUUUCGGUGGCUCCAAAUACACUCUCCAAUGCUUUGAAGGGGAUCACGAAGACGAAUAUCUUUUGAAGAAAGAUCAGAAAGUCUGCUUAUUCCAGAAUGGAGUACUCAAGAUGAUAUAUGAAGAAGAAGCGGACGGAGCUCAGAUCGGAGAGUUCACGAGGUUUGAGAAUGGUUGUGUUUCCUUUGUCCAGUCAUUUGAUGACAUAUUGGAUAACCGCAAUUUCAACCGGAUAGUAAACCAUGUGAACGGGAAACGGAUGGAAAUCUAUUCUCAUGACAGUGACAAAUUGAUGUAUCAUGGAGAAUUCAAUGAGAGACGUGAGAGAGAAGGAUGGGGUAUCCAAUACGAUGAGACAUCGGGAAGAAUGUUGUUGGAAGGAGUAUGGAAGGGAAACAAAUUGGUGGAGAUCAUCCGUAAAAUCGAAGGGACCAUUAUGAUCGAGUUUAAACGAAAUGGAGAUAACACAACCGCCUCUAAUCGAGUUCCCCUUUAUGUGGGUGAAUUCAUUUAUGAUGAAUCGAAAGAAUUGUUUAUUCGAAAUGGUCGAGGAUACUGGAUCGAUGAAGAAACUCGGAUUGCUACUCGCGAAGUGGAAUGGAAAGAUGGAGUGGAAGUGAGUGGAAGAGAUCUGUAUGAUGGAUGGUACACUCGAUCCACAACUCCAAAACCCAAACCCAAACCCAAACCCAAACCCGCUCCGAUGCCUGCUCCUGCUCCUGCUCCUGCUCCUGCUCCAAAACGCGAAGAAUCUGCUCCUCUUCGAUUCAGCGUCACUGGAUCUACAAAAUGGACCGAUGUGAGUUUGCAAGUGACCGAUUUGAAGAUUUCAUCGAAUUGCUGUAACGAUUUGAAUGCAUUGGAUCUGAAUCGAUUCGAGUGGCUACGAUCUAUCGAAAUCGGCAAUGAAUGCUUUGGAUCAGUGCAAACAUUCAAAAUCGAUGGAUUGAAUCGAUUGAAAACUAUCAAAAUCGGAAACAAUUCAUUCACUCAGAGAAAGAAUGAUGAAGAGGAAAAUGAAAAUGAAAAUGGCGAUAGUGAAUCGAAAUCAUUCCACAUAUUGAAUUGUGGAUCAUUGGAAUCCAUUCAAAUUGGUGAAUACAGUUUCAGUGAUUUUGCUGGAGACUUUGAAUUGAGCAAUCUACCACAAUUACAAUCCAUUCAAAUUGGGACAAUUGGAAAUGAUUCAAGCAAUUUCUUGUAUAGUUCAUUUGAGAUUCGAGAUCUUCCAAAUCUACAAUCCAUUACAUUAGGUGAUUUUGCAUUCGCUGGUUCCCUAUCGACAAUAAUUGAAAAUCUUCCAUCAUUACAAUCCAUUCGACUCGGUUGGUGUGUACUUCAUGGAAUAAAUGUUGAUUCAUGCUCAUUGACACUUCGAAAUCUUCCAAAUCUAACAUUAAUAACUUCUGUAAAAUGGAGUUUCCAAUAUCCUCGUGUAGUGAAAUUGGAAAAUAUUCCAAAUCUUCAAAAUGUCAAGCUACCUUAUUCAUUCCAGAAAGUUCGAUCGAAAUCAAUUUCGAAUGUUUCCUCCAUUCUCGCUGAUCUUGUCGAAAUCGAUGAGUAAUUCCAGCAUUGGAUCUACACAAAUCACUCCAUUCCAUUCCAAUCCAUUCAAUGAUCAUUGUAUAUUCAAUGCUUA